ACGAAAGAGGAAGAAGAACACCAGAAGAAGAAGAAGCAUUGCUUUAAGCGACCAUCACUAGUUAUCCUUGCUUUCUUAAUUCUACUUUUGUGUAAUACCUCUCAGAUGGUUAAGCGGUGUGUUCGUGUGCGUCAUUAGAAUAUGAUGGAAGUGAUUAAGGACAGUCAAGCUGAAAUAAAUGAACCAGGUGAGAAACAUCAGAAUGUAAAAACAAAACGUAAUGUUUCACAGAAAGGAUCUCUGAGAACAGAAGACAAAAAAUGUGAAAAGAGUUUUAGUAAAGAUGGACGCCCUGUGGAUCACAAGAGGACUCAAAAUGCAGAGAAACCAUUCACAUGUCAACAAUGUGGAAAGAGUUUUGCCAAAAAAUCAACGUUUACAGUCCACAUGAGAGUUCAUACUGGAGAGAAACCAUUCACAUGUCAGCAGUGUGGAAAGAGUUUUGCCAAAAAAUCAACGUUUACAGUCCACAUGAGAGUUCAUACUGGAGAGAAACCAUUCACAUGCCAGCAGUGUGGGAUGAGUUUUGCCCAAAAAAACCACCUUGACAACCACAUGAACAUUCACACUGGAGCGAAACCAUUCACAUGUCAACAAUGUGGAAAGAGUUUUGCCAAAAAAUCAACGUUUACAGUCCACAUGAGAGUUCACACUGGAGAGAAACCAUUCACAUGCCAGCAGUGUGGAAAGAGUUUUGCCCAAAAAAACCACCUUGACAACCACAUGAAAAUUCACACUGGAGAGAAACCAUUCACAUGCCAGCAGUGUGGAAAGAGUUUUGCCCAAAAAAAACACCUUGACAACCACAUGAAAAUUCACACUGGAGAGAGAUCAUUCCCAUGUCAUCAUUGUGAAAAGAGUUUUAGUAAAGAUGGACACCCUGUGGAUCACAAGAGGACUCAAAAUGCAAAGAAACCAUUCACAUGUGAACAAUGUGGAAAGAGUUCUGCCAAAAAAUCAACGUUUACAGUCCACAUGAGAAUUCACACUGGAGAGAAACCAUUCACGUGUCAACAAUGUGGAAAGAGUUUUGCCAAAAAAUCAACGUUUACAGUCCACAUGAGAGUUCAUACUGGAGAGAAACCAUUCACAUGCCAGCAGUGUGGGAUGAGUUUUGCCCAAAAAAACCACCUUGACAACCACAUGAACAUUCACACUGGAGCGAAACCAUUCACAUGUCAACAAUGUGGAAAGAGUUUUGCCAAAAAAACAACGUUUACAGUCCACAUGAGAGUUCACACUGGAGAGAAACCAUUCACAUGCCAGCAGUGUGGAAAGAGUUUUGCCCAAAAAAACCACCUUGACAACCACAUGAAAAUUCACACUGGAGAGAGAUCAUUCCCAUGUCAUCAUUGUGAAAAGAGUUUUAGUAAAGAUGGACACCCUGUGGAUCACAAGAGGACUCAAAAUGCAAAGAAACCAUUCACAUGUGAACAAUGUGGAAAGAGUUCUGCCAAAAAAUCAACGUUUACUGUCCACAUGAGAAUUCACACUGGAGAGAAACCAUUCACGUGUCAACAAUGUGGAAAGAGUUUUGCCAAAAAAUCAACGUUUACAGUCCACAUGAGAGUUCAUACUGGAGAGAAACCAUUUACGUGUAAACAGUGUGGAAAGAGUUUUAUGUUUAAUGCUCAUCUUACGAGACACAUGAGAAUACACACUGGAGAGAAACUGUACAAGUGCCAUCACUGCGAGAAGAGUUUUACAACCAGAAGUAGCCUUAAUGCACACAUAAAAACUCAUACUGGAGAGAAACCAUUCAUGUGUGAACAGUGUGAAAAAUGUUUUUUACAAUUAGGCAAUCUUAAGAGACACAUGAGAAUUCACACUGGAGAGAAAGCAUUUGAAUGUCAUCAAUGUGGAACGUUUUUCAGACAUUAUGGUCACCUUAAUACACACAUGAGAAUUCACACUGGAGAGAAACCGUUCAUGUGUCAACAGUGUGGAAAGAGUUUUACCCAAAAAAACAGCCUUGACAACCACAUGAGGAUUCACACUGGAGAGAGACCAUUCCUAUGUCAUCAUUGUGAAAAGAGUUUCACAUGUAAGGGUCAGCUUAAGAGACACGUGAGAAUUCACACUGGAGAGAAACCGUACAAGUGCCAUCACUGCGAGAAGAGUUUUACCACCAAUGGUAGCCUUAAUAAACACAUAAAAACUCAUACUGGAGAGAAACCAUUCAUGUGUCAACAGUGUGAAAAAUGUUUUUUACAAUUAGGCCAUCUUAAUACACACAUGAGAGUUCACACCGGAGAGAAACCGUUCACAUGUCAACACUGUGGGAAGAGUUUUACAUGGAAAUGUAGUUUCAGAAUUCAUCAGCGCUCUCACUCUGGAGAAAAGACAUUUAAAUGUGAUGAGUGAAGUAAAAGGUUUAAAUCCUCAUCACACUGCUAACCCUGAUAUUGUCUUUACUUAAAGAAGUGAAGUAAACAUCACUUAAAUAUUUUGUGUUUUGAAGCCAAAGCUUUAAAAAGUUUAGUUGAUUUAACUUUUAAGCUUACAAAAUCCAUUCAACUAAAACAUUCAAGUAGAAUGAACUUAAAAUUAUUAGUUAAUGUUGUGAGGAAUAUCCAUAAUCCUUUGCGCCUGAAUAUUUUGAUUAUUUUCUGCUUUUUCACAGAAUAAAAACUGAUAAGAACUUUCACUACAUAAAUAUUUGUUAAUAAAAUGUCAUAUAGGUUUAAGCUCUUAUAUUAUUGAUGUUGUUUUGUUGUAAAUGAUAAUUUUGUAAAGUCACCGUUCAGGUGAUCAGUGUUUCCAUACAUGAAGCCUGUUCAGAACAAUUUAUUGUCUUUCUCUCCACAGUACUGACAAUGCAUGUCAAAAACACAGUUUUGUGUGUGUUUCUGUGGAGAAUCACGUUUAUUCAAUGACUGACUUAAAGUCAGUCAUCAAUUCUGUGUAAUAAUACCAUUUAUAACAUCAAAAGUAAUAUAAAGUGUUAAAACUGAAGUUAUUUAGUGAAAUGGGUUUCCUUGCAAAUUUCUAGUAAUGUCAACUAAUCUGAGUUAAGAGUGCAGGAAAAUAAGAAGAAAUUAAAAAAUUAAGUCUAUUCAACUUAAAAUUGUUGUUAGAACAGUUUAUAUGUUUAAGUAAACUUCACUUAAAGUUGUUAAGUAAUCAUUACUUAAAUUUUUUAGGGCAACAAGUUUGCUUCAUUUUUUUUAAGUAUACUCAACUUAUCCGGGCUUACAGUGCACAUCUGAAGAGACACAUGUUUGAAAUAAAAAAACAUGUUGGUUUGAGAUGUUUUAUGUGCUUUGAGUGUGAACAAGGUACAACUACUGGAUUUAACCCCCAUGUUCAGUUUGGGACCCUCAGACCCUCUCCAAGUUUUUUAUUCUGAUAUUUCAUGACGUUUUAGUUACAUAAGAUACAUUUAGAAAUGAAUUUUUUUACCUGUGAUGAACCCAGUAAUAAAG